AAUACAAUAUUCUCCUAGUGACUCUCAGAUACUAUGAAUAAAAUUAAUGGUGAGGUCAUCCUGAAAAAAGAAGAACUCACUACAAAGUAUUUCCCAAGAGGAACUAUGUGUGUUAUGUUGUUGCAGGAUCAAACAGCUGAAACAAAUCCAAAAUGAUCAGUUUAAAAAGAUUUACUAUUGCUGUAGUAUUUUCUUCCUCUCCAAGUGAACCAAAAGACCUUUGUGAAUUCUUAUUCUGAAAUCCCCUUGCUCGCCCUCCCCCAUCCAUGCAGGCAUAGUGUUUAUAGCUUCCUUCACUGUCUGGGAGCCAUGAAAACAGGAUCACAAGAAAGAAGCAUUUUCAAGUUGCUGGUGACCUCCAGAACUCCCACUAUGACUGUGCCUUGUCCCUAGGGAUCCCAUGACAUAGCAAAGGCAAAAUAUCUGUCCUAGAACAUUUUCUUCCAGCUAAAGGCAGAACUUUCUGUUAAACAAAGAAAAGCCCGGAAUUAAAUUUUCCUUUUAGUCCAAAAUCAUUCAGUAAUUCCAUCUCUAGCUCCACCUCAAAGUACAGGAUUUUGUUAUUUAUAGAGGACUAGUAGUCAUAAAGUACAACAAAGAAGCAGAAAAGCAACAUACCAUCUAUUUACACUUCACAUAUCUGCUUACUCAUUAUUUCAGCAAUUAGCUUGGCUUGCUCUGUAGCAGGAUAAGAAUUAUCUUUCCACCUGGCUCUCUGCUGUUCCUGUACAGUAGGCUGUGAGCUCUGAAGACAGUAAACAGGAUCUUUAAAAACAGGAAGUGCUGGCACACAGGCAAGGAACCAGAGCAGAGUUAAUCCAGGUGUUCUGCGCUCCAGUCUAGUUUGAAUCAACACCCAACAUGAGCAGCUGUGUAGCAGACCUGGAACUCAGAUCCAGGGCCUUUCCCAGUGCUGAUCUCCCCAGAUUGGUCACCUUGGCUUUUAGAAGUAACUGCUGCAGCAUGAGGAACCUCCAGUUGCAUUGAAGAAGAGGAAAGAUUUCCUCUCCCAACUAGGGAGAGGAAAGGCAGCGAAAGAACUGCAAAAAACUCUAUAGAGGUACUGCAGACCUCACACAGCUACACUUGCCUCUCUAACACAAGCAACAGCAUAAAGAGGGUUCAAUUAUUAAUUCACAUUCUUCUUUACUCAGAAUAGUUACCCUGUGAGCCUUUUCUUUACUAAGAAGCAGCUGAAAGAGACAUCAGACUCAGACUGACUUACAGUAUCUUGUUUACUUCUCAUGUAACAUUUCUUUGGCAGCAACUUUAAAUUGAGAUAAAGUGUUUCUGCUGCACCAAGUUACUCCAGACCCUGAAAGCAACCAGUGUGUAAAACCAGAAAAAGCUUGUGGAGUGGCAGUGGAUAGUACCAUUCUUGCACCUUCAUGGAUUUUUAAUAAUAAGCCUAGAACAGUGAACUGGAAACAGAAGUUUCAGUUCUGUAAUGCAAAUAUAAAUUAGCUUUCCAUUUAUGCUAUCUAUACAGACUUGUGUAGCCAAAUAGUACUUAACAGGAACAUGGGUUUAGUCUGCAUGGACUUACAGAAUUGAGUUAGCAGAAAUCGUUAUCUUUUAUUUACUGGCAAGCAGGGGAAGUAUGCAACUUCAUUUUUGUUAGAGGAUUUGUAAGGAACCACAUGCCUCAGAAAAAGCCAUGGAAAUAGGUUUGUCUCUUUGUUUAAACUCCUCAACUGAAAAACUAAAACAAUGCUUUCUCCACUGAGCUGCUACUUAGCUCCCUUUUCAAAACCAUUUGUUGAAUUAAGGAAGUUUGUAGCAGAGUUAACACAAAGGCACAGCCACUAUAAUGAAAAAAUUCAAUUCUGCAGCUACACUUGUCCUAUAAACAGCUGAAACUCACACAGUUUUCAGCAGGUUAUCCUGUACAAAUACAGCAGCAAACAAAUCCAGUUCUGUGAAAACCCUGCCCCGUGGAAGCUGUUGUCUACUUCCACACAAGCUACAAUCACAACAGGAAAAUACCACAGCUUUUCAAGGGUCAGUCAGAAAUGAAGUCCUACUCCCUAUCACUUGUUUGUGAUACAGUCAAUAGUGAUUAACUAAAUAUUUAUUUAGCAGUAGAUGAUAACCCUGCUGAAAGGUAAACAGCAAGUUUUCCAUAAAAUGUUUUCAACAGACCAAGACUGUCCUGCCUGCCCCCCACACCAAGUGGGGAUAAUAUUCACCUGCAAAGAAUUUGGCACCACUAAUUGCUCGAGUCAGGCUUCAUCUCCCUAAAAGUCACAGAUCACAUCCUUGUAUUGCACCCAAGCACACAAGAAAACUGGGCCUUCUAUGUGAAACAACACUGCAAGACUAAAUUCCCCAUUUUGUAAACUUAUCUGACUGCUUCAUGUAAGUUACAAAGAAAUCAAAGUUUCUCUGAAACAUCAAGGAGUGUUUAUUCUUCUUGUAGCUGUAGACCCUGGUUGAACAGCAAGCACUUUUCUCUGCAUUUACUGGUUGGAUACCACAAUCAUGAUGCUCAAGACCUCAAUACAUUUGCAUUUGUGUUCAACAAGUGCAAACAAACAUGAUUAAUUGUGACUGUUGGUGUCAGCAGGCCCUGCACGCUCAGCCUGAAGCACAAAACCAGCUCUGGUGAACUGGGACGCAGUUCUUCAGCAUCCUUAAUCAAGUGUUGAUCAUUCCUGUAUGUAACUGUUAGAAGCACCUGUUAUGAUUUGCUGUUAAAAUUCCUGCAUAAAUAAGGCUGCAAAUGAAACCAAACGCCUGUUCAACAAUAUCAACAUUAUUCUGCCACAUUAAGUAUAUAAGAGAAAGAGGAGAGAGAGUGAGUGUGCAAGCAGGAGAGUCACCAGAGUGAAUCCUAUGGUGUCCUGUUGGUCCUCCAGUGCCCUGGGUUUUUUACAGUGGUGGUAGAAUCCCGCGUGGUUCAGUCCCAGUCAGUUUUAAAGCAUCCCUCACUAGCAUGAGAGCUUGAGUGGUUUUCGGUUCCUCACUAGCAUGAGAUGGGAGAAGGGUGUGGUCUCACCAAUGCACAUGGGCAGCUCUUAUUUUGGUGGUCAUUAAGGGUCUGCUCUGCCAGUCAUACAAGACACACACCCCCCAAAAGCAAGUGUCCUCUUUGUGACCCCGCUCCUUGGCUGGUGCAGUCACACACUUGUUCUCUAACACGCUACAAUGGAGCAGUGCUGUGAAAAGCAUCGCCUUUGGUCAGAACAAAAACUCUUCAUUUUUGUGGCUCUGACAGAGGCAGCUCUGGUGUUUCUGCAACAAGUUUCUGAGCAACACUGAGCAAGUGUUUAAGGCAGAUGCUGGAAAUGUUAUGACCCCUUUCCUUGCAGCAUCUGCUUUGCAAACCAUGUUUGCAACACAAGCACGGUAAGCAUGGGGCUACUGAGACAUGAAGCUGUGCGUCCCUUUUUCCUCUACUUCAAGCUGUAACCCAAAUUGUUUCUCUAACAAGGUCAGCGUACCAGCAAUUUGUGGUUGAUGUACCAGAAAGAAAUGACUACUGUUUGUCUAAAUAGAUAAUGUUUGUAGUGAACAUGAACUUCCCAAAGAAGUGACAGAAGCUCAUAGGUAUUUAAGCAGUGACUAUCAGUCACAUCUCUGCAGUAGUUUAAGGAUUUACCAGCUUCCCAGUUUAGAAAGUCACUUUCAUAUCCAGAUUAAAUGGUUUGAGACUAAGGUACAUGCAGCCUCCUACUACAAUCAGAGCUCUGUAAGAAGCAUCUAUUAAACUGAAAUGUCUUUAUUUUAAAAAAGCCAAAAAGAUACCGGUAAUCAGUAGUAAUCAGUCACUGCCAUUGAGAGAAUUUUACACAUUUGCACAAACAAAAAAAGUAUUUUUUAAAUACAUGGGCGAUUCUUUGGAAACAUUUCAUUAAUGUUUUUGUAGGUGUGUAUAUUCAAAAAGAACGAAAUCAGUUUUCAGCCUGGUGAAGUUUAACCAUGGAAUAGAACAGAAGACCACAAAAGCUCAAGUGUUUUGGAUUUAAUUUCCAACCAUAAAAAAAAAAAAAAAAAAAAAAAACAACAAAAAAAAAAACAAUUAGGGAAAUGUAUCUAUCUUGCAAAGCAUCUUUUUUGUUGUUUAAAUAAACAACCUGCCCACAUAUCAGGACAACAAGAGACUGGAAUCUAUAAUCAUGGUUACACUUCUCAUAUCACCCUGAAGCUGUUUGUGAUACUGUACUAUCUGCUGAUGUACAAUGGAAAGCCUGGAAAAGAGGUGAUGAAAGAAGACUUGAAGAGCUGGAUUACAAAGCACUUUGACAACGUAUUUAAGAAGAGUUUCCAUAGUCAGGAAUACGUUUUGCUAUCCUUUUCUUCAUAUAUAAACUCUUGCCAUUUUAUUGCCUGUUGGCUUCUGUUUUCAUCUUUAUCUCUUAGUGGUACUCUUUGCCAUUGCUCCUGAACUGUCAAAACAUUCCAAGCUGGGUAUCUGAGAUCAAGGCAGUGCUGCUGAGCAGUGAUAACAACAUCAAGUGCUGUAUCCUCCAUUUGAGAGCAAAUUGAAGAGGAAGGGAAAUUAUUAGAAUUUUAGAUGUUCAACCUUGGUUGAAACAAGAGCAAAAGAGUUAAUCUCUGCCUUCUCAAAUAAAAUGUGAAAAUCAAUUUAAGCCCUUUCUUUUAACUAGCAAUCUCUUAUCCGAAACUCCAUGUAACUGUACAAGCUUAUCCUCUCCAAUCACAGCAUUAGUUUCAUAUAUUACCAUUUUACACCAAAAUACAAAUGCCAUUUAUCACAAAUCAAUCUUUGUAAAAAAUUUGCUAGACUGGCAGUGGAACUCACAGGUACAUCUUCAAUUAUACAGCACAAUCAAGACUAUUCCAGAUGUCUGGUUGCUGAUUAAAAAUUAGCUCUUAAACACCAGAGCUUUUCUUGGGACAAGUGCUCUUUUACAGUACUUUACGCCUUAAAAUUGAAGAUUUCAGAUGUGACAGCAUGAAACUGCAAGAAGAUGAAACACAAUAUAUUUAUCACUUCCCUCCCACCAGUGGAGACUGCCUUGAUAAACUGGUUGUUCAACAUCCACAAAGACAGAAGAACAGUUUUCAGUGUUAUUAGUAUCACUUCCACUUUUAUUACUUGUCACAGCAUUUCCUGAUUAUUCUGUAAUGAGCUGGGAAUAUAAAUUAAAAAAAUUAAGACUAAGUGUUAUGUUUUAGAGUCUAAGUAGUUUAAUGACAUCACCAGCAUAUUCUGGAGUAUUUGGAAUGAUAGUUUUGACUUCCUUUUUCCCAGAGGAAGUUAGCUCUAUCUAGAAACUUCUUAUGCACUAUUAACUUCCAUCUUUCAAACUCUGCCUGUAGUCAAGAGCCAAAUUAAGUGUUUUUCAGAUUUAAUUAAAAGCAUCUUAAUGGCACAAGCGCCAAAGCUGGAUCAUAACAUUCUUUGUCACAGUAAGCAUAUUUAUUGAGUUUUGUCAGAACUGAAAGGGAAAUUUGAGAAAGAAACAAUUCCUCUCCACUCUGCUUGCCUGGUAAACAAGCCUUUACCCCUCUGCUCAUUCUCCCUCUUUUGCACAUGGAUUUUCAAGCAUUCCACAUUUAGUUUGCCAAUGUCUUUGCAGACAUCAAUCUCCUCACUUUUCCAGCAAUUCAGAAGUCAAAGUCCCAAAGUACUGGAAAUUUUGUUCUAUUAGAUUCAGAUCACAGAACGGGCAUGUAUUUCUACUUAUGGCUGAUUAGUCUCAGAUUAAAUGCUGAAUCUUGAAUAUUUUCCUUUCAGUAAAGUUCAAAGUUUCUUGCAUUUUGAGGAUGUUCCAGAAUUUCUUUCUUUGUUGACUGCUGAUAGCCAAGAGAAGGAAUAAGGUUGCAACAAGGAGUAAUUUUUUAUUCAACAAUUUAGUGUCCUCUGCAAGGAUCCACGGCUAGAGCUGACAGACAAGGACACUUUUCCAAGACAACAAAUGCAAUUUCACCAGAAAAUUCAUGUUUUUGGAAGGAGCAGGACCCAAAUUAACAGCAAGAGUUAAAAAUCAGGAAGUCUUGGAACAUAUUGGGCAAGAGUCAUUAAUCACCAUUAACUGCUAGAUUAAGUAUUGGCAAAAGACUACUAACGAGUAUGAAAAAAAAAAAGAAAAACAGUGAAGUCUUAAUGACAGAUAAGUUUUUUGACAUGUUGUACAAUCUAGGAGGCACCCAUCCAGCUUCCUCUUUUCUGUUGGAGAGAAAAUAACCCAAGGGAUGUUUCUCUACAUUUCUUUGCCUUAGAAAAGGGUCAGAAUAUACAGAUUUAUCAUAAUAAAUGCGACUCAGCUGUCUCAAAAUUUCAAGGAACUUAGAGUCAGUCAAUUCAAUAAGUCUUCUGCAUUCAACAAAUACGCUUUGUAGUUCACAAUCCUCAAAAGCUACAUUUGCAAAUGUUUCUUUAAUCAGAAGGUGUAGGCAAAACUGCCAAGCUUUUUCUGCAUAAAAAUCCACGAAAGUAAGUUAAUCAAAACAAAUAUCUUAAUGAGCAGAUAAAAGCCCCAAACAACCAACCCCAGUCUCUUUGGGAUUUCUCUAAGCCUUUACUGGUGAAAAGUAACAGGGCAUGAAAACAGAGAUCAUUGAGCCUAAAGUUGCAUGUUUGAUCAAUUGUUUGCUCUUAAACUUGACUGAAGCAGCCACUUCUAUUGCUGCAAGUCAAGCAACAGCUUCACCAGUGCUCCACCAUUUGUCCUGUUCAACUCUACAAAGAUCUGAAGAAGACUCCUCCUCCUUCAGCAGUAGUAUGCCCAUAGUCUUCCUGGCCAAUGAUUCUUCUACAGCAAGCAGGACUUCUUCCUCAUCCUGAGAAGCCUUCAUCCCUUCCUAUGUCAGUGGCUACAAGGCCAAGAGCCAGCUCACCACUGUCCCCACCAAAGUCUCUCGGACUGGGGCCUUCCUUUCAUCACACACAAGAAGAGGAACUUGCCAAGGUGGUGGAGCAGGACCCUAUGCUGGAGGAACUAUGUAAGCCCCUGUGCUGUAAGCUUUGCAAUGUCACUCUGAAUUCAUCCCAGCAAGCCCAGGCUCAUUACCAGGGUAAAAACCACAGUAAGAAACUCCGGAAUUACUAUGCUGCCAACAGCUGUCCAGCACCUGCCAGGAUGAGUAAUUCUGUUGAGCCUGCCCCACCUCAGGUUGUCUCUCUUCCAACUCAGAUGGGAUCCAGUAAACCAGGUGGCAGAGUGAUCUUGGCUACAGAGAAUGAUUACUGCAAGCUUUGUGAUGCCUCAUUUAGUUCUCCGGCUGUGGCACAGGCUCACUACCAAGGGAAAAAUCACGCCAAGCGGCUGCGUCUUGCAGAGGCACAGAAUAACUCAUUCUCGGAUGCCUCAGAACUAGGCAAACGAAGGGCAAGGAAAGAAGGAAAUGAAUAUAAGAUGAUGCAAAACAGGAGAAAUACAUAUACAGUUCAGAACAACACAGGCCCCUACUUCAAUCCCCGCUCGCGCCAGAGGAUCCCCCGUGACCUGGCCAUGUGUGUGACUCCCAGUGGCCAGUUCUACUGCUCCAUGUGCAACGCGGGUGCCAGCGAGGAGGUGGAGUUCAGGCAGCACCUGGAGAGCAAACAGCACAAGAGCAAAGUGUCCGAGCAGCGGUACAGGAACGAGAUGGAGAACCUGGGCUAUGUCCAAUGACGCGCCACCCUCGGUAGUAGUUUGCAACUAGAGCAGCUUGUCUCUCGCCUGCUGUUUGCCACAUGCCCUGCUUUGUGCUCCAUUGGGUAGGAGUAUGCUCUCGAGCUGUACAUGUAACACCUGCAAACUUACUGGUAUGGUUAGAUUUUUUUUCUAUCAUAGUCGGCAGGAUGACGCUGUGCAGGACAUGAAGUGUUUUUGGUGUUUGUUUGCUAAUUAUCUAAGGCUCUUCAUUGUAUUGAGUGGUGGGGAGGAACUGUGUUUUCUCCCCAGCCUUCUGCAUGAAUAUGCAAAGCCCAAGAAGUGCUGGGAACUUCUGUGGUUCUUCCACAUGGAUGGACCAUGUGCAAAGCCCGCUCCCCUCUUGGCACACCACAGAGCAGCGCUCCAGAAUGCCUCCCUACAGCAGAUUGAAUCUCUGGGCAGCCUGUAAAAGAGGGGCAGGAGCAGGGCCUGUGAAUGUGUGAAUUAGGUUGUGUACUUGUCCACACUUUGCUGCUUCUGGCCCCCAUUACAGUCCAGAGUAGGUUCUUUCCACAUCCUUGUAGAAAGGCUGUGCAUACCUCUUCUCCUUGGAGGGUCUUGCCACUUACUGCUUCCUCUGCGAUGCAGAUUCCAUUCUGAACCUCUGACAUGGAUUUCAGCUGAUUAGCCCCAUUCUGAAAUAUUCUUCUACUCUUGAUAUUAUUGCCUGUACACCUUAAUAUACCGUGGGUGUAGCUCAUCUCCCUAAAGAGUGUCUCUGGUGAUCUCCAUGGCUUAAUGAAAUGAACUGGAAAGCAAACCUGCUCAGGUGAGAUGUGCUGUGCUCUGAUUCUGCCUUAGACUGAGUCAGGUUGAGAAUAGAUGGAAGGAGCUGUCAGCUGUAAUUUCUUUGCAUGUUGAUGUGGAAGAGAGCAAGAGUUGUUCUCUGUCUUGCAGUCCUUGCUCUGGCAGAGCAGGGCUUCCUGGACUCUGGGUAGCUGGUAUUGGUGUGUCUCACUUCCAUGCCAUUCCCUGGGCAAAGCCUAAUGGGUGUUUAUAGAGCAAAGAUGAAACUUCUAGCUUUGAACUAGAGCUGCCAAUAUUGGUUGACUUUUCCCCCUCUCUUUCUUUUUCCAUCUCAGGAUGGGUUUUAAUUCCAUUCCUUGAUGUGAACUUGACUGUUCUAGGGACCAUCAAAAAUUCAAAGUUAUUUAGGAUUUAAAUGUCAGGGUGAUGAUUGAGUAACAGCUUUUUGGCCUCAUGAAGGUAUUCAAGAAACUUGUUCAGCAACUUUUUAAUUGUAGACAAACUCAGAAGGUGUGUGUGUGUUUGUUUUGAUAUUCUUUAGCAAAAGUAGGAAGGGGAUAAAGAGCAGAAGUAGGGCUGUCAGUUAUUCUUCUGCUUGUUUGGGUAGAUGUGAGGAGCUGUGUUGGAGUCCAGUUCAGUGUCAUUAAAACAUGGUCUCCAGGGGCAAGUGCAGCACACAGGUGGCUUUUGUUGGACCUGAUCCCCCACUGUGCUGCUGGAGCUGUGCACUGGUUCAGCUUCGCUGACUUCAGUGGCAGGUGCAGAGAGAGGGUUCAGGAAGCACCAUGGCUCAUCUCUCACCCCUCUUCAGGCAGCUCCAUUAGUUUAAGUAGGAUUUUACCAGGGAUAUGUUGUACCUAGUGCAUAGCGUUGAAGAGAAGUCCCCUCCCUCCUUUUAUUGCCAUUCUGAUCCUGCCUCUUGCAUUCCAGAAGGAAUUUCUGCUUGCCUUAAAAAGUGAAGAAUGAAUAACAAAAAAUUUCCAGAUAGUCUUUAUUCAUCUUCCUAGUCCACCUUCAAAAGGUUUGUUGCACUUGGCUGCUCCUCAGAAAUUGAGUAUUGUUUUCUUCAGCUCCCUGAGUGAGCAUCAGGGAACCAUGCAAUCUGAAUGCAGCCUUCCUAAGUCCAGACAAGGUGAGUGCUUGCAAAGUAGUUGGGAGCACCCCACUAGAUCAUUCCUUGCCCUGCAGAUAGAGGCAGAGGAAUAGGUGUCCUCAUGAAUGAGAUUUCUUCCCCUCCUUUGUGCAAAACUUAGUUAAAUGGGGUUUGUGUCCCGGAGUGCAUGAGAAGGUAGAACAGGUGCCCAGGUUGUAGAGCACUCACUGAAUAAUUAUGAGAGCUUUGUAAGUCUGUUUCUUCUGUGCUUUUCUGCCCCUGCCUCACCCUCUGUGUAGCCUUGAAGAACGUUUGCCUUUCCAAAAUCUCUCAUCAGCCUUCCCUCCUCAUUAUUUGUAUUGACAGAAGGACUCUGGUUUUCUCUUUGUGUCCUGUCCUUUAGUUUGCCAGUCUGACACCACUGUCCAGAGGGACAGAGGAAGUUAGAUGAGCCUUACCACAAUGUGCUUCAGCACAGUGACCCCUGCAUUAUGGUUAAACAUCCCUCUGGCUGUAAAUUAAAAUGUGGCAUUCCCCACAGGCUGCAAUUAGUAGCAGAAAAACAACCCUAUGUGAAAUAUGAGCUGGAGGAGCUGGAGGUGCUGUCUGGCUUAUUCCUAGGGAUGAGGAGGCAUUUUUGCUUGCUUUCACAUGUCCCAGAAAUCAGCUGUUCACCACUUAGCUUUGGUUACUGCUCCUACUCCCAGCCCAGCCUUCUGCUCCUCAUUUGGCAUUUCCAGUGACAGCUGGAGGUGUCAAAACUUGGUUUGCUCCAGCUGUGCAGAUGUGCCACAGCACAGCUGUGUGUUGGUGCUUUUGGGAGGGUGUGUGAGGAAUGUGCAGGGGGCUGUUUUUGCAGGCUCUUCUCUGCUUGGGGCUGAGUCUGGUUUGGAGUGGUGGCUUCAGUUUGCCCUGAGCAGAGAAGCCUGAAUCUGCUUUUUUCUCUUCAGGGGAGUACAAGUGAAUGUAGUCAUCCCAGUGAUUUCAGAGUGGUGGCUUGUAGAGCAAGUGUACAGCAGGCAGUGGAACUCAAGUGACAAGGUAGGACAGAUUUCCUCCAUGGAAGGAAAGUUGUAUUGCUGGGACAAGCAGCUGAGACUCACUUUGCCCCAGUGCAGUGUUGUGCCUCUUCCUGCAAGCAACCAAAGCUUUCCUCUCCCUCUUCUGCAUUGCUUAAUGGCUUGUGAUCUUCCCACUCACCUUUCAGCAUAGGAAGUUGCUGACUGCAAAGAGAAAACACCCAACCUCCCCAUUAUCCUUAGGGUUCAGGACAAUCCAAACUCAUACUCAUCAGCAUUAGAUACUGAGUAGAUCCUAAUUUUAUUUCUUUUUGUGAAAAGCGUUCUCCAAAUCACUGUUCAAAGAAUAGUGAAAUUACAUUCUGGGCAAACCCUUUUGACAUAGGUGGGCUGGGGAAAACACUGUACAGCUGAAGUGCCAUUUUCCAGACCCAAUUAAUCUUUUUCUCAUAUUAAACCAAGUACCAAACCCAAGAAACAGGACUUCUGUGAAGCUGUCACAUUGGCCAGUAGGUUAAUGACUUUUGCUGCUAGGAACAAAAUGUAAAUCAGUAUGUUCAUAUUUAUUUUACUGUGCUGACCACUAAUUGAUUUGUCAGUAUUUAAGGCAUUAUGCUGUAGGUUGUUUUUAAGUGGAAAAAUUCUACAUCGCACUUUGCUUUUGGAUCAGAGCAGUUAUUUAUUGUAUUGUGAAAAUGUUAUUCCUCCCACAUAGCUAUUGUUUUCUUUCCCUUGAUGCAAAAAACCCAACCAAACCCAAACAGCAAAACCCCCCAGCCAAAUCCAACCCAUGGAUCUCGUCAUGCUAAACAAAAUGAGGAUCUCCUUGCAACUUGUUAUUAAAUGCCCAUUUCCAAUUUCUUUUUCCUCAAAUAAUUCCUUUGCUAACUUGGGAUGUUAUUUUUAGAGACACAAAGUUCAUGCUUCAUUUAAACAUUAAUUUCUUUUAAGGCAAGGAAGUAAACCAUGUGGAAUCCGUUAAUUUUUGAGGACUAUGAAAGUGAUACUAUUUUGUUUGUAUUAAGCAUUAGCUGUUGUUUUGCAUUCUGCACUAAUGAGUAAAUCUGUUAUAAUCUUGCCUAACAUUGGUCUGUUUUUGACUCUUUGCUUUCUUCAUGCCCAUUGAAAGGAACCCUGAAAACUUCUGUGGAGUUGCUUAGGAUGG